AUGAAACUGCACUGGACAAUAUUAUGGUCUUUAUGGGCAGCGAGACUUUUACAGCAGCCUACCGUCGUAGUGCAAGUGAGUGGCGGACUGUUACGUGGUACCAUCUCUCCAGACGGCACGCAUGCCCAAUACCUGGCUAUCCCGUAUGCUACAGUACGGCCUGGGAAUAGAUUUCAGGCAGCUGACAUUGAACCAACGUGGGAUGGAGUUUUUAAUGCUAUAAACGAGAAUGUACUAUGUCCACAAAGAAAAGGCAACAAGUUUGUAAUUGGUCAAGAAAAUUGUUUAACUCUAAAUAUUUAUACGCCAGUCGAUACGACAUCUUCGUCACAAUUACCAGUCAUGGUGUAUAUACAUGGCGGUGGUUUCUACGAUGGUUCUGGCUCAAGACACAUUUAUGGACCUGUGUAUUUAGUAUCUAAAGGAGUUAUAUUAGUUACUAUUAACUAUAGAUUAAAUAUUCAAGGCUUCGCAUGUCUGGGAAUUAAGGAAGCCCCGGGUAAUAUUGGUUUAAAAGAUCAAGUUGCUGCGUUGAAGUGGAUAAAAAAAAAUAUAAAGGCGUUUGGUGGUGAUAUGGAUAAUGUAACAAUAUUUGGAGAGAGUGCCGGGUCUGCUUCCGUGUCUUUCCAUGUUCUAUCACCGAUGUCUAAAGAAUACUUUCAGAAGGCAAUACUUCAAAGCGGGUCGUCACUUUCACCUUGGGCGAUGCAGUAUAGACCAGUUUAUAUGGCGAGUCUACUAGCAAAAGCGAUGGGUUACAAUACAGAAAACGCCCGUGAAAUUUAUAAUAUAUUUAUGAAUAAGUCAGAUGCAGAGCUGAUAGUUACAAGAGUACCAAGAAAGGAAGGCAAUGUUAUUAUUUCUGAAAUCCUCUAUGUGCCAUGUGCAGAAGAAAAAAUAGAUGACGUGGAGCCGUUCUUGACAGACAUACCAUACAAUAUAUUAACAAAGGGCGAUUUCAAUAAAGUUCCUAUGAUGAUCGGAUUGAACAGCGAAGAAGGAUUUCUUUUUGCGUCAUUAGAAAACGAUACAACGAUACCAAAGAUUGAAAUCGAGAAAUCGUUGCCCAAAGAUUUGACAUUUCCAACUCACAGAGAAAGAAAAGACGUAGCAGCUAAGCUACAGAAGCUAUAUUUUGGAGAUGAGAAAAUUUCACAAGAAACGAUACUGAACAUAGCUAAGUUUCAGGGUGAUGCUUACUUUAGUAGCUCAAUUUUAGAAGAAACAGAAUACAUUCUUAGAAAUAAUGAUAAGCCCAUUUACAAUUACAUCUUUAAUUACAAUGGUCGGAGAAAUUUCUUAAAGUUACAUGCUGGUGAACCUUUCAAAAGUGCGCCUGGAGCAACGCAUGCUGACGAAUUGUUUUAUUUGUUCAGCCAAGGGUUAUUGCCUUCCUUGUUUGAGAGUAAAAUGAUCGAUAAGAUGACGACUUUAUGGACAAAUUUCGCUAAGUUUGGAGAUCCAACUCCAGAGGUAACGGAGCUGUUACCGUUGAAGUGGUAUCCCACUAACUCUACGUCACCUCAUGCUAUGGUUAUCGAUGAAGAGUUGAGCACUUCCCCCCUCUGGUACAGUGAGGCUUUAAGGUACUGGAAGCAGUUGUACAGCAAGUAUAGAAGGAAGAUUUGA